AUGAUUGCGACAAAGAACGUGACCAGUCGAGGUAGCUCACAUCUGUCGAUUCUGAUAUCCUGCACAAAGCCUAAACCAGAUAGACGUCUUAGCAAGGGCAGUGCACUGGCGAAUAACGGGUCAACUUCCGUACCGGCGUGCUGUCAAUGUGUCGGCAGACAGGCAAGUGGGCCUAUGCAGCAAACAGUGCUUGAAACGUUGACCAUUAAAGUCGUGGGUAUGAACGAGGUAUAUCGUUUCGCCAUAAGCACCUCGAGUUGGCAGGAGAGCACGAAUGCUUUCUGCGUUGUCAAGAGCGAGACAAUCAAGCAGAAAGUUAAACAUCAUGGCAGUAUAGAUAUAAGCCAGAAGUCUGCCGCAAAGCAAGCGGAGGCCUCUGAUCCGAAUGAUCACCCAGAUAGCAUUCCGAAGACCGGCGAGGGUACUAAGAGAAGCAUUCUGCGUGAAGACCAUUGA